GAGCCUCGUGCGCCCAUGGCCGGCUCGGAGCAGCAGCGGCCGCGGCGGAGGGACGAAAGCGAACCGGACGCGGCGGCGGCAGCGGCGGCGGCGGCGGCUGCGGCGCCCCUGCAGGACGCGGAGCUGGCCCUGGCUGGCAUCAACAUGCUGCUCAACAACGGCUUCAGGGAGUCGGAUCAGCUUUUCAAACAAUACAGAAAUCAUAGUCCGUUAAUGAGUUUUGGGGCCAGCUUUGUCAGCUUUUUGAAUGCCAUGAUGACAUUCGAGGAAGAGAAGAUGCAGGUGGCGUGUGAUGACUUAAAAACUACGGAAAAGCUGUGUGAAAGUGAGGAGGCCGGAGUCAUCGAAACGAUUAAGAAUAAAAUUAAGAAGAACGUGGAUGCCCGCAAAUCUGCCCCCUCAAUGGUUGAUCGACUUCAGAGGCAAAUCAUUAUUGCUGACUGCCAGGUCUACCUGGCUGUGCUGUCAUUUGUGAAGCAAGAGCUGUCAGCCUACAUAAAAGGUGGGUGGAUCCUUAGGAAAGCCUGGAAGAUUUACAAUAAGUGCUAUGUGGACAUCAACGCCCUUCAGGAACUAUAUCAGAAGAAGCUAACGGAAGAGCCCUUAUCUUCUGAUGCAGCAAAUGAUAAUCACAUGGUGGCUGAAGGGGUGACUGAGGAGUCCCUAAACAGACUGAAAGGUGCUGUUAGCUUUGGAUAUGGCCUUUUUCAUCUUUGCAUAUCCAUGGUGCCCCCAAACCUGCUCAAAAUCAUCAACCUGCUGGGGUUUCCUGGAGACCGCCUACAGGGCCUUUCUUCACUGACGUAUGCAAGCGAAAGUAAGGACAUGAAGGCCCCUUUAGCUACAUUAGCUUUGCUGUGGUACCACACUGUGGUUCGCCCAUUCUUUGCCUUGGAUGGCAGUGAUAACCAAGCAGGCCUGGAUGAAGCCAAGGAAAUUCUUCUCAAAAAGGAAGCUGCUUACCCGAACUCUUCUCUCUUCAUGUUUUUCAAGGGACGGAUCCAGCGAUUAGAGUGUCAAAUCAACAGUGCCUUGACUUCCUUCCACACUGCUCUGGAACUCGCCGUAGAUCAGAGGGAGAUCCAGCAUGUCUGUCUGUAUGAAAUCGGCUGGUGCAGCAUGAUUGAACUCAACUUCAAGGAUGCAUUUGACUCCUUCGAGAGGCUGAAAAAUGAGUCCAGAUGGUCGCAGUGCUAUUACGCCUAUUUGACUGCGGUUUGUCAGGGGGCCACUGGUGACGUAGAUGGGGCGCAGCUUGUCUUUAAAGAAGUCCAGAAGCUGUUCAAAAGGAAAAACAACCAGAUUGAACAGUUCUCAGUAAAAAAGGCUGAGAGAUUUCGGAAGCAAAGCCCGACCAGAGUGCUGUGUGUGCUGGCAUCCAUUGAAGUGCUGUACUUGUGGAAAGCUCUUCCCAACUGUUCCUUCCCCAACCUGCAGAGGAUGAGUCAAGCCUGCCAUGAAGUGGACGAUCCAUCUGUCACUGGACUGAAGCAUUUGCUCCUCGGUGCCAUACACAAGUGUCUGGGAAACUCAGAGGAUGCUGUGCAGUUCUUCCAGAGUGCUGCUAAAGACGAGCUGUGUCGUCAGAACAACUUGUAUGUCCAGCCGUACGCCUGCUACGAACUUGGCUGUCUCCUCCUAGGCAGGCCAGAGACUGUGGGAAGAGGCAGAACUCUACUCCUUCAGGCAAAGGAGGACUUCUCCGGCUACGACUUUGAAAACAGAUUGCACGUCCGCGUCCAUGCUGCUCUGGCCUCCCUGAGGGAACUGGUCCCUCAGUGAGAAACUCCAAGUGACCCCUCUGUCCCCUCCACCCUGGGUCAGCACCUGAAAAGCAGAGGAGAAAGCCCCUUGGAAGAGGCCACCUGUGCCAGGGAUGACUUCCUGGUGUUGCUGGCAUAGUAAAGAUUCCUCUUUUAAAUAUGUAGCUUCGGAGUAAUAAAGAUGUCAAAUGAUAAAAAUAAUCGACCUGGGAGAGGGUUAAGUGACCUUGUUCAAACAUUUUAGUUUUGUGAUUUAUUAUUUUUAAAAUAAAAUCACACUAAAUAUUCA